GCUUUGUGGCCCAAACAAUAGAGGUAGCCCGUUGGGGGGCGUGAGCUGAAGGGCGCCCCUGCAGGAUGACGGAGUUGGCCGACAUCCUGCCCAUUUUUUCCAGCUAUGCCUCCAACGCCAACGAAGUGGAUGGAAGGAGCUUCACCAAGCUCUGCAAAGAUUGCGGCCUCUUUGACCGGAAUUUCAGCUCCACAGAUGCCGACCUGAUCUUUGCCAGAGUUGUGCCCAAGGGGCAGAGGAGGAUUUCCAUCACUGAGUUUGAGAAGGCUCUGGGUCUGAUCGCCGAACGGAGGAGCUGCUCCCAGGAGGAUGUGAUGCAGAAGGUGGCAGACAGUGCUGGGCCGUCCUUGGAGGGCACCAAGGCAGAUGCGGUUCGGCUGCAUGAUGACAAGCAGACCUACACGGGCGUGCAUGCACGCGGAGGACCAGAUUCAGUGCCGAAGGGCUAUGGGCAUGUGCCGGGCACGAGCAGCCUGACCCUGGGGCGCAGAGACUCCAAAGAUCGCCGUUCGCUCUCGCGGACGCCCAGUGGAGCGGCAUGUCCGUUGCCGAACCUCCUAGCCUCUGGGCCAGCUGUUGAAAGAAAGCUGAGCAGAUCGAGCUCCACGGGCUUCAUGCGGUCCUCAGGGUCCUCCAGUGCACUCGAGAAGGCCGCCACCUUGAGCCGUCGAGAGGGCUGCGGGCUGCUGGAAAACGUUUUCGAGGCAUACUGCAGUCCAGGGCACACAGAGAUGGAUGGCAAGGGCUUUGCAAAGCUGAUGAAGGAUAGCAAAAUGGUGGGCGCCCGCUUCACCACCACGGAUGCAGACCUGACCUUCGCCAAAGUGGUGCCAAAAGGCACGCGGCGAAUUGACUUUUUGCAAUUCAAAGCAGCUCUCCUCUUGGUUGCUGAAAAGAAGAACAUCGAUGCAGGAGAAGUCUUUGAAGCUGUUGCCAGGCAGUUUGCAGGGCCUCAGCUGAAUGGCACGCGAACAGAGUCUGUCCGGUUUCAUGAUGACAUCAGCCUCUACACAGGUGUGCACGCGAAUGGUGGACCCGAAUCCAUCUCCAAAGGGUUAGGCACGGGCAGCGCUCCAGUGUCGACUUUCCGGAUGUGGUGAGGACCAGCUUGCCAUCAGGUAAAUGGACUUUGAGUGGUACCUGGCUGUGGCCACAGUGCCCAGCCCAGGUGCUGGCGCAUUGCUUCGCAAUUAAGUUUCACAACACCUUGGCGACAACUGCUUAACUGCAACUUCUGCUGAGUGGAGUCUCUGAGCCACCUGGAGGGUCCAAAAGUUCUUACAGCCCUUCAGUGCAAGGCCUAUUCAGCGCGAUGAGACCUUCAGGGUUGCGCUCCCCCGCUUUUAGCAGAGAUUCUGCUGAUCAUCUGCAAAUGCAGAGUCGAUCUUUGCAGUGCAGGUGUUGUCGCGGACUGCAACGAGCCCUGCUACCUGAUCAAUCUGACUUUCCAGCCGAGUUGGCAAUUGAGUAUCUAGCAGGCAGGCUGUUGCCCGUCCCGAAUCUUGUAGGUCCUAGGAGUUUGUCAAAGCUUCUUCAGCAAAGAGCGCCCGAUGAUUUAGUCGAGUGAGUGAUGCAUCUGCCGUCCGAUGGUUCCGCCUUCACCAACGGCGCUCUGCUCGCAGUUUGCGCAGGCCAGACGCCGAUGUAGCCACCAGUGCUGCAAUUUUUAGACAUGGCAGUUGAUCAGGAUGACGUUAUGGUCUUGAAGUGACAUGGAUUUGAAAGAUCUCGGUAGUUGAAGUACUGGUCUCAACUGAGAGAAAAGCCGAACAACUUCCAUAUCUGGAAACCUCAAGCUGGAUCUUCUUGGAUCCCUGUUUGAGCGCUCCUCACAGAAUGGCGCCGAA